AUGGUGCUGCUUCAGCUGGCCAACUUGUACCUCCUAUUCGCGCUCAACGAGCAUCUCGUGCUCUCUUCAACAUUGUCGCUCAAGACCUGGCGCCGGCUGCUCUUCGUCCUUCUCGUGGCCGACUUUGGCCACCUUGUCAGCAUGGCGCCGCUUGGGACAGAUGUUUUCUGGCGCGCGUGGGAGUGGAACGCGAUGUGCUGGGGGAGUGUUGGGUGUGGGACUGGGAGUGAAACGCGCGAGAUGGGACCUAAGCUGGAUGUGGAAUGA